AAAUUUAUUUGUGCUUGCCGGGUGAAAAAGUGCGUGUUUCGAAAUACAACAGUAACUGUUUUUGUUGCUCCUAUUAGGUCGGUGAAAAAUCGAAGAAAAUGGCCAACUUAGACGAUCAAUAUAAUACCUUUAUGGAGGAGCUGGAACAGAAGCCGGACAUCCGCACGUUGGGAUUCCAUCAUGACGAUGAAGAUGACGAUCCUAUGCGCGACGUAAAAGCGAUGGCGGAGGCCGAGCGAAGAAACAGGCGCCGGAUGAAAAAUCCGGUGGCGUUGGCCGGGCAUUUGCCGCUGGAGCAUGACGAACGAAUGGACACGGAUGUGGACGGGCCCAUAACGGAACUUAAUCCGAACGACAUGAACCGGAAGGUGCUGGUCAUGCGGAGCGGCGAGAUGGACAUUGUAAUGGAACCGGAAAAGGCUCUGGUUUAUACUUGUUUCAAUACGACGUACGAUAGGGCUUCGCUGAAUCGGGCUGACGUUUGGCAUCAGAUUAUGGUGCAUCACGAUGGGAAGUAUCAGAAGCAGGAGAUUUUGGAUGCGCUCUUUGCGGUUAUCAGUACGGACGAUUUCUACCCGGUUGCCUACCGGCAGCAUACGAAUAUCGAUUAUUUUUUGGUGAGGCUUUGCAGCAAGGCCCUGGUGAAGCUGUUCGAUAAGAAUCUGAAACUACCGAUGCCGGGUGCAUCGGAUCCGUUGAAGUUGACCGUUAAGCUGAACAUUGCCAAGUACAUGCAGGGACAGAUCUUUCCGAAUGGGAAAAUUUUCUCAGCGGUCGCCGAACGGUGCGACAAUGCCGGAUUAUACGGGUUCUCGAAUAUGUUGAAUUUGGACAACUUUCGAAAUCAUGGGGAUUUCGAGGAGCUCUGUGUGUUCCUAGGAAACCGAGCUCAUUUGGAGUUGGUUUGCAGCUCCAUCAACAGGCUGGAUGAAGUUCGGGCCAAGAUCAAUGCAAUCAAGAUGACUAACAACAGUAUUGCACACAUUUCGCCUUUGGUGGCGAUUAAGGAUUUACCGAUUCAGACGUUGGAUUUGCGUUUCAAUCGAAUCAAGCAUCCGGCUUCGUUGAGACCGCUGAAGGGUUGCAGCAUUAACGAGCUGUACGUCGAGGGAAACGGAAUUGCCGAUGUGCCCGGGUACAUGGAUGUGCUGAAGGAGUAUUUUCCGAGUAUUAUAAAAAUUGACCGCACAUUCCUCGGGGCAAAGCCCAAAAAGCAGCAAAAGGUAGUAGCAGCUACAACGCGUAUCGGUGGAGACGAUGAAGUGGAAGUUACAUCUACCGGAGAGGUUUAUUCAUGUGUCAAUGGAGUGGUCCCCAAUUCUAAAGAUUUUAAAAAGUUCAAAUUCACCACCAAGUGGCACCAAGUGGUGAUCUCCCACGAUGGCCGUUAUGAUAAGGGCGAAAUUCUGGAUAACCUAUUCAUCAUGCUAGACAGCUACGACUUUUAUCCGUGCUACUACCGGACUUACUCCAAGCAGGACGAAUUUUUCGUCAUCAAUAACUACGAAGCACUGGCUUUUUUGAUACAGUCCAAGCUGGCACUGAAGAUAAAGAGCAGUAAUGAGUACAUUUCCAUUGUGCUGAAAAUGAACGUCGCAGAUUUCAAGGACGGUCAGGUCCUGGUCGAGGAGAAAUUGAACUUUGCACUGACUGAUCGGUUCAACGAUCGCUGCCUGGAUCUGUGUUCGUUUCAGCAGCAUUUGGACAAGAUCAAAUACGUUGACUUCAGUGUGAAAAGCACUCGAACACUGUCGAAAAUUCUAAGUCUGGCUGGGAAGAAGUUCGGCAUUGCCUGCCUAAUCCUUCGGCUGCGAAACAACGGUAUCAGAAGCCUGGGAGCAUUGUCAACGUUGAUUUCCUACCCGAAACUGAUUGCAAUUGAUUUGAGAUUUAAUGAUAUCCGCACCUUCGACGACCUGCAGGGCGUCAUCAAGAACAAAAUCAAAGAAGUAUUCCUGGACAACAACCCGAUAUGCAACGCAGCGCCAUCCAGUAUCGAUUACAUCCGCCAUGUGCGUACCUUCUUCUCGGGCAUGGAAAAGCUCGACGGAAUACCGCUGCUCGAGAAUGGCAACGUAAACUUUUCGCAGAACUUUAUCUGCACACCGGAGGCGUACAAAUUUACCGAGUCCUUUGUGAAGCACUACUUCACGAUCUAUGACUCAUUCCAACGGUCCAGCCUGAAGGAUCUCUACCAUCCAAAGGCGCAAUUUUCAAUGACCAGCAAUUUUAGCCAGUCCAAAACGAUGGAUUCCCACCAGGUGCGUCUGAAUGCGUACCAGGGAAAGAGCCGCAAUCUGCUUCGGUUGGCCAACAUUGACCGCGCCAUUAGCAGCCUGGUGGUGGGAAGUGAACGCAUCGCCAACGUGUUAGUUUCCUUCCCCAAAACUGAACAUGAUUUUUACUCUUUCCGCGUGGACACGCCAAUCUUCCGACCGGAGUGCGUUGUCAUUACCGUGCACGGAGCGUUCAAAGAAAUGGCCAAUUCCCUGCUGAGCGAUGACUUCGUUCUGGGUUUCAGCCGAACGUUCUACAUUCAACCCUGCGCCAAGGGUCUCGGGAUUUUCGAGAGAGCUAUCGAGUUCAAAAUCUACAACGAUCUGUUCCACAUGUACAACCUAACGAGCUACGGACGGGAAAACGUAUUCAAGCACAACGAAGAACAUGAAGUUAUGGAUCCGUUUGUGCCGCACAGCGAAGAACGCGAGAACACGAUUAUCGUGUUCCAGGAACUGACCCGCCUCAAUCGCAAGUGGUGUAUGCGUUGCUUGGAGGAAUCUUCUUGGAACCUGAAGGUGGCGCUUAACAUUUUCCUCAAACUGUACGAGGAGGACCGCAUUCCGGAGAUUGGCUUCGACACGACGCUUGGACAGAAGCGUUAAGUAGUAGGGUUUAUACAAAGACUUUUAAUGCUUCGUUUUCCCUGUGGGUGCUGGGAGACGGAUUAAUGAUGGAUGUGUGUUAGAUGUAGCGUUGUCAUACUUGGUAGGAAAUGAUA